AUGUCUGCAAUGGCAAGUAUAAAUAAUCGCGUGGAGGAGUUGAUAAAUUAUUUCAAGUCGCAUAAUAAAAUUCGCGAGCAACAGACCCAUUCAGCUAAAGUACACAGUGUCGGUUGGAGUUGUGACGGGAAAUAUCUCGCGUCAGGAUCAUUCGACAAAUGUAUCUGUAUAUUCUCACUGGGGCCAGAUAGAUUGAAACAAGAGACAACUUUUCGAGGUCAUGGAGGCAGUGUGGAUCAAUUGUGCUGGCACGCAUCCAAUCCUGAAUUAUUAUCUACAGCAAGUGGUGAUAAAACUGUGAGAAUAUGGGACACGAGAUCUCAAAAGUGCACGGCUACCAUCGAUACAAAAGGUGAAAACAUCAACAUCUCCUGGUCUCCAGACGGUACUACAAUAGCUGUUGGCAACAAGGAGGAUUUAGUUACGUUUAUUGAUGCUCGAAACAUGAAAAUAAGAGCUGAGGAACAAUUCAAUUUCGAGGUGAAUGAGAUCUCUUGGAACAAGGAUUCAGAUACAUUUUACUUGACGAAUGGGCAAGGAUGUGUCCACAUUUUGAGUUAUCCAGAUCUCGAGUUGCUGCAUGUCAUAAAAGCACAUCCAGGGACGUGUAUCUGCAUAGAGUUCGAUCCAACCGGUCGUUACUUUGCCACAGGAUCAGCUGACGCACUUGUGUCACUCUGGGACGCCGAUGAACUAUGCUGUUUACGAACCUUUUCCAGGCUUGAGUGGCCAGUGAGGACAAUUUCUUUUUCGUAUGAUGGACAACUUUUGGCUGCAGCAUCCGAGGAUCUCAUUAUUGAUAUAGGAGAAGUGGAAACUGGAGAGAAAAUUGCUCAUAUCCCGGUGGAGGCUGCUACCUUUACUGUUGCCUGGCAUCCUAAGCAGUAUCUUCUCGCUUAUGCAUGCGAUGAUAAAGAUAAUUAUGACAGAAAACGUGAUGCCGGAAGUCUCAAAGUUUAUGGCUUCUCUAAUGAUUGAGAUAUUUAUUCGCCAAUAAUGUGAUCAACGUGCUAUCUCGGUUCUUGUAUAUUUUUGUACAUCCACAAAUCAAUGACUGAAUAUUGAAAUGUUGAUUGAAUAGGUUUUCAUCGAGAAUACAGUAGACUUUGAUUUUUA